AUGCCCAAUUUUAUAACUGGACUCUUUCGCGCAAGUAUUGAAUUAGUAAUUUUAGGAAGAAGUUAUGCUUCAAAAGCCUAUGCAAUUGACGAAAAUGACUUUGAAGCACUCAGAUGGAUGGCAAUAUUAAUCGGCUCUGCAACGGAUUUCAUGGGACCAAAAGAAAAAAUUGAACAGGGCAAAAUUUUCAAGGCCUAUCUCGAUCGUGCAAUAGACCAACAACCUAACGAGUAUUCACUGUUGCAUUCAAGAGGGCGCUUCACUUUUGAAAUUGCAAAUCUUUCGUGGUUGGAAAAGAAAUUAUGCAACACGUUAUUUUCAAGAAUCCCUGAUACGAAUAUUAAUGAUGCUUUAGCUGAUUUCUUGGAGGCUGAAAAGUAUGCUCCGUUUAUAUGGCCUGAGAAUUUAUUAUAUGUCACUCGUUGCUAUGUAAUAUUAAAGCAGAGAGAGUUGGCUUUGAAGUAUUUGCAUAAAGUCGAAACAAUGCAAAAUUUGGACGAUGCCGAGACUGAAGCAUUAAUGGAAGUUCGCUGCGCAGUUGCUAAAUUGAAAUAA